AAUGAAAGAGAAAUGGAGAAGUAUAUCAGUUUUCUUCUUAGUGAAGAGCCUCUGUCUCUCUGGUUUUCAGUGCAUACAAUAUAAGAAAGGAAAAUAUGAGUUAUAAAAGUGAAGGCAAGUUAAAGUUAGAGACUUUUUCACUGUCUAUCUAUGCUUUAUGUGGAUUGUUUUUGUAGUCUCAACUUCAUCAGUGAAGUUGCGGAGAAGAAAGCCAGUUCAUUAGGAUGCGUGUAUCGGUCUUUCAGUUGUGCAAAAUUUUCAGACUUUGAUCAUAAUGGAUACCCUUUGAUACAUUUUGAAGGAUUAAUCACUUGCUGUAUUCGUGACCGCAUUUUCAACUUAGCUCUUGGGUACCCUUGAAUUCUUUAUCAUCCCCGAGCAAGUUUAAACGAAUUUAUGUAUUUAUUUGGGAAAAUCAAAAGGAUCUAUAUCUGCUUUUAGUAUUAUUGUGACCGGACAUUGAAGACAAUUUUCUAUAAUGGGUUCUAUGAAUUAACUUAUUUCUGCACUUAGUUUGGUCUCUAAGCUUCUUGAGUGUGUAAUUUAAGUUGUACUCUCUAGGUUGUUCUGGGAUUUUUGAUUAGUUAUGACGUGGGAAAUUUUUAAUUAGUUAUCAUUUGGGAAAUUUUUAAUCUUGAUCAUCAAUCCAUGUUUUUACAUUUAUUUCUGAAUGUGUCAACAAAAUUUCUUAUUUGGGUUGCCCUUGAUUUUCCCUGCCUGCCUGUAUAAUGGUUCAUUGAUGCAUGCUCAUGGUUUACCCUUCUUCCUCUGAUUAUGUCCAGUUGAUUUUAUUCGAUUGUACUCCUAAUUAUUCCACUGGAAAUUAUUUUUUGGACAAUUAUCUUCUCAUUUGUUCUUUUCUUUUUGUCAUCAGUGCUUACAAGAUGCAUUUCCACUUCCUAUUAUCCAUUAUGUGCACUCAAGCUUUAUCAUUUGUGUAGCUAGGUGGAUGGUCAAUGUUGCUCGCAACCUACUUCUUCACUCAUUGGUUACGGUGUUGGUUUGUUUUUUCAUAUGAUAGGUUUUGAACUUAGGAUUUACCUUUUUCCCAUCCUACUCCAGGAUUUAGUGGUUACUACCAUCGAUUUACAGUAAGGAAUUGCUGGUUCCUCUUAAGAGAAGUGAGCUGUUUAGAAUAUUACAGAGGAAGAUAAGCAUGUCACGUGCUAAAAGUUUGUGCGCGAUGAUCUAGUGACUUAUUCUAAUAUGUUAAGCCUGAAACAUACAAGCAACUCACUUUCCAGUAUUCAUGGUUUCUUUACAGGGUUUGGUAAUAAAGGUUCGUUAGAUUCUGACUCAGUUAGGAGUCCUACAUCUCCCCUAGAUUUCAGAGUUCUUUACAAUCUUAGCAACCCAUUUAGUCUUAAGUCUGGUAGACCAUCGUCACAAAAUGGAAAUCAAACGAAAUGGGAUUGUGGUAAAGAAGGCCUCGGCAUUGUCAAUUCAUUCGGUGAUGAAACUAAAGCAACUAGUGAAGUUAUUGGUUCACCAAAGAGGAAGAAUAUAAUUUUUGGAUCACAGGUGAAAACUAUGGUCGCUAACUCCUCAAAGAUUUAUUAUGAUUCAGACGAUUGUCCCAUCAAGUCCAAAUCUUUAAAUAGGAACUACAUAACUCUCGAUCCCCAACACCAAGCAGACAAAGUGAAUGGUUUCUUUGGGAAUGUGGGACGUCCUUUGGAAUCUGAACCAUCUGAAAACAUUGCAUCAUUCUUGUUGAACUCCAGUGGUUCCUCACAAAGUGGCUCUAUGUAUGAUCCAAACUUGAGGUUCAAAAGUCUUGAUUCAGUGGAUAAAACUUUGAGUUCAUCUUUAGUUUUAGGCAGAAGUUUCCAAGUAGAAAAUUCAGUGGGUUUCAAACCCAGUUCACUUCCAGUACCCAUUGCCUCUACCCAUCAAUAUGCAUCCUCUAUCUCUGCAAGAGAGAUAGAACUGUCUGAGGAUUAUACCUGUAUAAUUUCUCAUGGUCCAAAACCUAAGACAACUCAUAUUUUUGGGGACUGUAUUUUGGAAUGUCACACAACUGAGUUAAACAAUUUUGAUGAAGCAAAACUCUGGAUAGAAUCACCUCGAGUGGCUAAGUACCAGGACAGAUUGGCAAAUGAGCAUUUGGAUGAAGCUUUGAGACUCUGUUACACCUGCAAGAAGAACUUGGAAGGAGAAGAAAUGUACAUGUGCAGAGGUGAGAAAGCAUUUUGUAGUUUCGAUUGUCAUUCGGAGAAGAUUUUUGCUGAAGAGGAAAUAGAAAGUACUUGUGAUAAUUCUGCAGGUAGCUCUUCUGAAAGCUACCAUGAAGAUCUCUUCUUAUUCGGCAUGCAUUGUGAGGACAUAGAAUAGUCAUAGGUCUUGCUGUCUAUCAUUUUGAGCUGAUGGAUUUCAAGUGGCUGAACGCCCUGAUCAUUAGUUUUUUUCUUAUUGUUUCCUAAUUCGCCGCAAUUAAGUGUUCAUCUAAGAAGCCCUUUGGACCUGGUGAACUCAUUAGUGAGUGCACGGAAUAUUUAAAUAACACCUUGCCAUUUACUUCUCAUUAUUUCUUGAGGUAUAUAUAUGAUGUUUUAUCUUUGACAACGUAUAUCAUGGAAAGGUCACAGAUUGUUAUAUCCCA